AGGGGCGGGCCGAACGCCGGCUUCCGGCGGAAGAGCGCGGGAGCAAGAUGGCCACCACCAAGCGCGUGCUGUACGUGGGUGGACUGGCAGAGGAGGUGGACGACAAAGUCCUGCAUGCUGCUUUCAUUCCUUUUGGAGACAUCACAGAUAUUCAAAUUCCCCUGGAUUAUGAGACAGAAAAGCACCGAGGGUUUGCUUUUGUGGAGUUUGAGCUGGCAGAGGAUGCUGCAGCAGCCAUUGACAACAUGAAUGAGUCUGAGCUCUUUGGACGGACAAUUCGGGUCAAUUUGGCCAAACCAAUGAGAAUUAAGGAAGGCUCUUCCAGACCAGUUUGGUCGGACGAUGACUGGUUGAAGAAAUUUUCGGGGAAGACUCUUGAAGAGAAUAAAGAGGAAGAAGGGUCAGAGCCUCCUAAAGUAGAAAGCCAGGAGGGAGAGCCCCCUGCGAAAAAGGCCCGGUCAAACCCUCAGGUAUACAUGGACAUCAAGAUUGGAAAUAAGCCAGCCGGCCGCAUCCAGAUGCUCCUGCGUUCAGAUGUCGUGCCCAUGACAGCUGAGAACUUCCGUUGCCUGUGCACCCAUGAGAAGGGCUUUGGCUUCAAGGGGAGCAGCUUCCACCGUAUCAUCCCCCAGUUCAUGUGCCAAGGUGGUGAUUUCACAAACCACAAUGGCACCGGGGGCAAGUCCAUCUACGGGAAGAAGUUUGAUGAUGAAAACUUCAUCCUCAAACACACAGGACCAGGCCUCCUCUCCAUGGCUAACUCUGGCCCUAACACCAAUGGCUCCCAGUUCUUCCUGACGUGUGACAAGACAGACUGGCUGGAUGGCAAGCACGUGGUGUUUGGGGAGGUUACCGAAGGCCUGGAUGUGUUGCGACAGAUUGAGGCCCAGGGCAGCAAGGAUGGGAAGCCCAAACAGAAGGUGAUCAUCGCGGACUGUGGCGAGUUGGCGUGAGCCAGCACCCUCCUUCCCUCCUCUUUGCCCUUGCCCUGCAUGCCCAGGAAGCAGUCACAGCCUCAGGGACCCGCAUGGAAGCAGCGCUCAUGGCCUGAGUCCUUCCUCAAGGCCAGCCUGGAGUAGCUCCUGCAGACAAAGCCUGGACAUUACUGGGUUCUUUCCCAGUGUGGCUGCAGCCAGGAGCAGCCAGUGUGGGAGAAGCCAGUGCAGGUGCCCCUGCCCAUGGGACCCCCCUCAGGGCUUUUUCUCUGCCAGAAUAAACCCUUGUCCUCAGACUGCUACCUUUGGCCAGGUCCAAGGUUGUCAGAGAUUAUAUCUGUGGCUAACUGCCCCCUGCUCCAGAAAGGCUGAGAAGUACUCAGGGUCCAGUGUCCUUCCAGUGGAUUCUAUUUCCCUUCAAGUCAGCCACGUCUUUUUAAUACCAGGUGAACUGUCAAGACCGGGAGAUCAUACAGGGUGGGGUGCCGCCUGUCUUCCGCAGCCUCUGCUCCGGACCCCAUGCUGUUGGCCUCGUAGCAGGUGUACUCACCAGUGAUCACACAUUUAUUUUGUGUAUUGCCAUUAUGCAGAUUUUUUUUAAUGCUACAGCCAAAGUGCCGUCUCUGUGCCAGGAGCCGCACUUGCUUAUCGGGAGAUAGGAAGUCAACAAACUAUCUGGACUUAAGCUGACCCACUGCCUGUUUUUGUGAAUAAAGUUUUAUCGGAACACA